UUGCCUUCUCUCUCACUUAAAAGUCAGAGAAAACCUCUCCCUUUAUCUCCCCGCUAUACCCAUCUCCCCAAAACGGCUUCAUAUUGAACAAUGUCUCUUCCUUAUUCCUUUUCUUCAUCUUCUUCAUCUUUUAGGCCUAUGCAAAGAAAGCUUCUGUUCACUCUGUGUCUGGUUUUGCUCCUUCUUUUGGGUUCUUGUGAAGCUACAAGGCUCGGCGUAACGAUGAAGGAGGAGACAAAGGUUACGACGAAUGCAGAGAAUCACAGAAGCUGGGACAAGACAAGCUUUGUAUAUAAAGAGCAAUUGUUCAACUUCUUACCCAAAGGGCUUGUACCGCCCUCUGGUCCAUCUAAGAGACACAACUCUCUCAUUCAUUCUACUCCACUACAUUGAAUUUUUCUUUUUAUUAUUUUACUACAUACCUUUUGUCUUGAAAUGGGUUUUGAUUUUUGUCUUUUGGGUUGUUGAGAUUUUAUGAUGAAUACGGAAGAGUUGCAAAGGUUUUGUUCUUUGUGAUUCUGGUGAUACUUAUAGUGUACAUAUAUAUAUACACGAUAGAUUAUUAGAUUGCCCUAUUGAGAGAGAUAUAUGUAUGAAGUUGCUAAGUUGAUACCAGUUAAUAUUUGUAGUAAAUAAUCAUAUUGAAUGGAUUGAGCCUAUUCCAUGAAUUCAAA